AUGGAAGACGACUCCUCACCACCCAAGACCCGUGCGUCCAGCUCAGACCUAUCGAAUCCCUCCGAGACCCGCAACCGGCAGGUCAGAGGUUCCCUACUACCGAGAAACGUGCCCGCGAUCGACUCGAUUCGCAAGAUUCCGAUCCUCCCCGGUACCAUCGAUGCUGCUGUAGUCCACCUCACGAUUGCAAUUCGUGCUGCGAAACUGAAAGCUGAGGAUGCAUUGAAUAUAGCGAUCGCCGCGCUGAAGAAUUUGGAGAUGGUUACGCUGAUGAAAGCGGCGGUGGAGUGGAUCAGGUUACAUCCCUGGGAAACUGCUGCGCUGGUUAUUCCCGUCGUUCUUAUGGCGUGCACACCUGCUUUCUUGGGGCUUGUUGGAUUUACGGCUAGUGGUGUCGCUGCAGGGAGUAUUGCGGCGGGUAUUCAAGCUGGGAUCGGAAGCGUCGCAGCUGGCUCUGUUUUCGCGACUCUGACAAGUGCCGCAAUGGCAGGAUACGGUGCGCCUAUCGUCUUUGGUAGUGUCUGGGGUGUUAGUAGCGCUGUUUGCUGGGGAUUUGCCCUCUGGAAGAAGUGGAAGAAAGGUUCUGGUCAUGCAGAUGACCCUGGUCACGCAAACAAUCAUACUGAUGGUCAAGGCGUAGAAACCACUCGUCGCAUCCGAGAUUGCUAA